AAUCGCUUUCAACGACUAAAAAGUAAAAAGAGAGCAAGAAUUUCAUGAACAUGCAAACCAUCCAUUUUCCCAUUCAUCAAAGAACUCGGUAACAAACAGACCCCACACAUCAUCGAAAUCAAACAGAACAGUAACAGAAUCUCAAACACCAAGACGGAUUACAGUAUACCCCUUUAACAUCAGAGCAAUACCGCCUAACAGACCAAACGGAGGAACGUUAAAACAAUGACCAUGGAUGAAAUUGGACAAAAGCUCAAUUCCUCCAGUUUCCGUCAUCACCCCCACCCCUGCUGGAAUAGCCGCCGCCGCCGCCGUUUCCAUAGCCUCUAUCACGGCCACCUCCAUAGCCUCCUCCGCCUCCCUCACGGCGGCCACCACCAUAUCCACCGCCGCCGCCACCAUAGCCUCCUCCGCCACCUCCCUCACGGCGACCUCCGCCAUAUCCGCCGCCACCACCAUAGCCUCCACCACCUCCCUCGCGGCGACCGCCGUAACCUCCACCCCCUCCUCCACCUCCGCUGCGCGAUUGGGCCUCGUUGACGGUGAUGUUACGUCCGUCAAGGUCACUGCCGUUCAUCUCUUCAAUCGCCUGCCUCAUGGAGCCCUCGUCCUUGAAGGUGACGAAUCCAAAUCCUCUAGAUCUGCCCGUAUCGCGAUCAUUGAUGAUCUGAUUCAACAAAAAACAGAAACGAUCGGAAUCAGAACCAGCCAGAUCUGAUAGAUCCGGAUCAAAAUCGCAAAAUUCAUAAACAAAAACGAAUUGAUUUAUCGAUAUAGAUAUAUAAACGCGUGCACGAAAACACAAAAUCGAUCGAUCUUAACCUCUCUAGAGAAAGAGGAAGAUGAACGUACCGUAUAACGGGAAAGUAACAGAGUAUCAAAUAGUAACAGAGAGAUAGACAAGAGUAGAUGAAUCAAGGCAAGUAACAGAGUAGAAGAACUAGUAACAGAGAGAUCAUGUCAACAACGCCGGAUCGGGUCGAGACGAGAUCCGACUGCUGCGCAGAGACUAACAGACCUUCGUUUCCACGAUCCCAUACUUGGCGAAGGCGUCAUUGAGGGUGUCUUCGGUGGAGGCCCAUGCCAAGCCACCGACGAAACAUCUGUACUCCACAUCCGCCAUUUCUAUUUCUAUGAUCUUAGAGAGCCGAUGAGAAGGAUGAAUGAAGCGGUGGAGAAGAU